CCAGAGGGAAGGGAGCCCCAAACGCCUUUGUAUGUAGUUGCCAGACAAAGAGAACUCUUUGUGUAGACCCAUUUAUUUACAAUGCAAAAGCUUUCCGAAUAAAUAUUAAAAAAGGUUAUCAGCUGAGCAAAUAUGUAUUCACUUAAUACAUUAUGUUUUCGGUUAUAGAUUAAAUCAGACACAAAAUAGUCUGCAAAUAAGACGUUUUAGAACCCGGACCAUAAAAUAUCGCAAUUUAAAAAGGUAUUCAGUAGAUGGAAAACAUCUUAAUCGCUUUGUUGUCAUGGUGGAAUGGCUACAAAAACACAAGGUUUUCUGCGAAGUUCCUAAUUAGGAAUAUCAAGUCUAUCCAUCUCCCUUUUGUUGGAGGUGAUAAACAUUAAAACAAUACGUAUUUAGAAGAUGAGGAGUAAUAAGUGAAGUGCGUCCAGGGAGCGCCUUCGGAGGGACGCCUGGGAGCACGGUGGUGCACGCAGCUUCUAUCACUGGCUCCGACCCUUCGCACCCAGAGUCUGAAAUUGUCCCCAAUUUCGCCUGAGUGGAUGCUCCGCGUUGGGAGGGGGUGGAAGAAAAUGGAGGUGAGGGUUAUUUUAGGUGGCCGGAGGUCCGGGCAGGGUCUGCUGGCAGAAGGUUGUGCUGGGCCGGGCCCACCUUCCCCGGCUAGAGGGCCGAGCUGGGCGCCGCAGACCCCGCGUACCCAGGCCGCCCGGCCAUGCAGAGACCGGUCUCUGCUCGCGGUCCCCGGCAGGCGCUGAAGGAAGAAAUCCCAGGGCCGAUUUGGGCCGUUGAGAGAGAGCAUUCUGACUCUGAAAGCAUCCCCCCCACACACCCCCAAGCCCCCAAUCCGCAGAGGAAGAUCCUGGGCGAAUUUGAUUGGGGGGCGGGGUGAUUGUUACAGCCUCAACAGGAAGCUCCCGGCUCCGGGACAGCAGGCCGGGCACUGCGGCGUGGCGGCCCAGACCAUGGACCCGCACAGCGGCCGCUGGCUCGGUGCGCGGCCGCCCGCCGAGAAGCCCAGUCCUCCCGCGUGCUGACCGGCCCCGCCGCCACCACCGCCUGUGACCCCGGACGCCGCCGCCUCUGCGCCGCCCGCGCGCCGAGCCGCCCCCGGGCCCCGGCCGCGCUGCUCCGAGGAAGCGGCGGCGGACCGGGGCCGGGGCCCGGCAUGGAUGGCCGCGACUUUGCGCCGCCGCCGCAUCUGCUGUCGGAGCGCGGGAGCCUGGGCCACCGCAGCGCCGCUGCCGCCGCGCGUCUCGCCCCGGCUGGGCCCGCCGCGCAGCCCCCCGCACACUUCCAGCCGGGAAAGUACUUCCCGUCGCCGUUGCCCAUGGCUUCGCACACAGCCAGCAGCCGCCUGAUGGGAAGUUCUCCGGCCUCCUCGUUCAUGGGCAGUUUCCUCACCAGCAGCCUGGGCUCGGCAGCCUCCACGCACCCCAGCGGCCCCAGCUCCUCCCCCCCUGAGCAGGCCUACCGUGGCUCCCACCCCGCCACCUCCCAGAUCUGGUUCUCCCACUCCCACGAAGCUCCGGGGUACCCCAGAUUUUCGGGGAGUCUGGCAUCCACCUUCCUACCCGUGAGCCACUUGGAUCACCAUGGAAACAGCAACGUUCUCUAUGGGCAGCACCGUUUCUAUGGAACCCAAAAAGAUAACUUCUACCUGCGCAACCUGCCGCCCCAGCCCACGCUGCUGCCGGCCAACCACAACUUCCCCAGCGUGGCCCGGGCUGCCCCUGCCCACCCCAUGGGCUCCUGCAGCCGGGAUCGAGACCGGGGUGAGGCUAGCUCCCUGCAGAAGGGCCCCAAGGACUUCGACCGCUUCCUCGUGGGCAAAGAGCUGGGCAGAGAGAAGGCAGGCAAGGCCGCUGAGGGCAAGGAGCGGCCGGCGGCAGAGGAGGACGGUGGCAAGGAGCGGCACAAGCUGGUGCUGCCCGUGCCAGCUGACGGGCACUGCAGGGAGGGCGGCCCCGCACCCCGAGGGGCCUGCGAGGGCCGCCCCAAGCACCUCACCUCCUGCCUCCUCAACACCAAGGUGCUCAACGGCGAGAUGGGCAGGGCUGCGCUAGCCAGCUGUGCAGGGGGCAUGCUGGGGCGGCCUGGCGCGGGGGUGGUGACCUCCGGGCGCUGUGCAAAGGAGGCAGCAGGCCCCCCGGAGCCCGGGCCGGCCUUCAGCGAGUGCCUGGAGCGGCGGCAGAUGCUACACCACACCGCAUCCUACGCCGGGCCGCCCCCGCCCCUCAGCACAGCUGCCAGCUCCUUCCCCUGCCUGCAGCUGCACGGGGGCCCUGACGGGCUCUGCCCGCUGCAGGACAAAGCCCCCCGGGACCUAAAGGCCAGCGGGCCCACCUUCGUGCCUUCUGUGGGACACCUGGCCAACAAGGGCCGCCCCUUCCAGGCCGCCGAGGCCUGUGCCGUGGCAGGGGAGGGCAAGGACCGGCACCUGGAGGGAACCAUGGCCCCCGACCACGCUGCACCCUAUGGAGUCUCCUAUGCCCAACUGAAGGCCGAGGGCAAGGGCGAGCGGCGGCCUGGGGGCUUUGAGGCGGCCCUCAACCCCCGGCUAAAGGGCCUCGACUAUCUCAGCAGCGCAGGCCCCGAGGCCUCCUUCCCCGGACUCCCUAAAAGCGGUCUGGACAAAAGCGGCUACUUCGAGUUGCCCACCUCUUCACAGGACUGUGCCCGGCCCGGUCACCAGGACCCGCUGGGCGGGAAGGCCCCCCAGGCCUGCUGCACUUUAGAUAAGACUGUUGGCAAGGAAGCCCCGGCCGGCCCCCCAGGGGCACAGAAGGUGGCCCGCAUCAGGCACCAGCAGCACUUGAUGGCCGCCGAGGUGGAGCAGGGGGGCAUUGGGGCUGAGGCCAAGCGCAAGUCCCUGGAGCUGGCAUCCCUGGGCUACAGUGGGCCCCACCUGCCCCCAUGGGGUGUCCAGGCAGGCCAGGGCACCGCCAUGGCCAUCAGCGAGGAGCGCAAGGCUGGCGCCUACCUGGACCCCUUUGGCAGCGGCCUGCAGCAGGCGGCCCUUCUGCCCCAGGAACUGCCUGCGCCGCCGGACGAGGUCUCAGCCAUGAAGAACCUGCUCAAGUACAGCAGCCAGGCCCUGGUGGUGGGCCAGAAAGCACCCUUGGUGGGCCUGGGUGGCCUCAAGGCCAGCUGCAUCCAGCAGGAAGCAAAGUUCCUGUCCUCUAAGGGCCCAGGCCAGUCGGAGAGGCCGGACUGUGCCCGCAGCAGGGAGCACGACACCACGCACGGCGACGGGGAGGUGCGGCAGCCCCCUGUGGGCAUUGCAGUGGCCUUGGCCCGGCAGAAGGACACGGCGAGCCGGUCUGAGGCAGCCUACGGCACCAACACUGCGCGGCAGGGCCGGGCCGCCCCUGCCUUCAAAGGUGGCGGUGGGCCCCGUUCCACACACACGCUGGACCUGGAGGCUGAGGAGGAGAGGACGCGGCUAUGUGAUGACCGCCUGGGGCUUGCCAGCCGCGAGCUGCUGCUGCAGGACAGCAAAGACCGCGUAGAGUUCGCCCGGAUCCACCCACCGAGCAGCUGCCCUGGGGACCUGGCCCCCCACCUCAUGAUGCAGAGCGGCCAGCUGGGCGGGGACCCAGCCCCCCACACCCACCCCCAUCCCCCCUGGCUGCCCCGCACCCGCAGCCCCUCCCUGUGGAUGGGGGGGCACUCCUACGGCCUGGGGCACCCUGCCCUGCACCAGAACCUGCCCCCCGGCUUCCCCGCCUCUGUGGCUGGCCCCGUGCCCUCUGUCUUCCCCCUCCCACAGGACGCCCCCACGCAGCUGGUCAUCCUGCCCUCAGAGCCCACACCCCACAGCGCCCCCCACGCACUUGCGGAUGUCAUGGACCAGGCCUCACUGUGGCCCCCCAUGUACGGGGGCCGGGGCCCCGCCUCUCACAUGCAGCACCCGGGCCAGCUCCCUGUGUACUCGAGGCCGCAGCUCCUCCGGCAGCAGGAGCUCUAUGCUUUGCAGCAGCAGAGGGCCGCCCAGUUCCAGCGGAAGCCCGAAGACCAGCACCUGGAUCUAGAGGAGCCCGCCCAGGAGAAGGCCCCAAAGUCCACCCACAAGCCAGUUGCCUUAACCCCCACGGCCCCGGGCGCCCCCUCACCCGCUGCAGGCCCCACCAAGCUGCCACCUUGCUGCCACCCACCUGACCCAAAGCCCCCCGCCAGCUGCCCCACCCCACCACUUCGGCCCAGCGCCCCGUGCACUUUAAAUAUCUGCCCUGCCAGCAGCCCCGGGCCUGGCUCCCGGGUGCGCAGCGCCGAGGAUAAGAAUGGGGAGGGUCAGCAGUCCACGGCCGACAUCAUCACAUCCGAACCAGUGGCACGUGCUCACUCUGUUGCCCAGGCUGGUCUCGAAUUCCUGGCCUCAAAUGAUCCACCCACCUCAGCCUCCCAAAGUUUUGGGAUUACAGACCUGCCUCCCGGAUACCUGCGCCCCGUGGCUGGCCUGGGCUUCUCCCUACCCUCAGACGUGCACUCUUCUAACCUCGAGGACCCUGAAACUAUGCAAACCGCCGCCCUGGGGGCCCAGCCUGAGCCCACAAGGACAUUCCUGCCUGGGGAGCCGCCUCCCUGCAGCCCCAGGAGCCUGGAGGAGCCCGGGCUGCUCUCAGGGGCCAGGGAGGCCACCCAGGACCUUGCCGCCACCCCUUACCCUGCCGAGCGGGGACCCCAGGGGAAGGCAGCGGACCCCAGCCCACUUGAGGGGCUACAAGAACUGCAAUGUGGGGCCCUCCUCGAGGCAGGGGGCCCCGAGGCCACCGGCCAGGCUCAUUCUACUCAGGGAGGGGCACGAGAAGAGAGGAGCAGGGAGGAGGGAGAGCAGGGGCCCUCGUCAGGGGCCUCCCCCCAAGUCCUGGAGCAGCGAGCAGGGAGUCUGGGUGCCCUUGAGGACGAGGGGGAGCAGCCGGCCCCUGAGGAGGACGAGCUGGAGGAAGACGAGCUGGGGCAGCAGAGCAUGGAGGACUCAGAGGAGGACUGUGGCGGAGCUCCCAACAACAGCCACCCACCCAGGGCGCUACCAGGCCUGGAUGCCUUGGUGGCCGCCACCAUCAACCUGGGGGACCUGCCCAGCGACAGCCCACCGGACCCUCAGCCCCCAGCGGCCUCUGGGCCCCCCAGCACAGUCCCCCUGCCCCAUAGCUCAGGGAUUCAUGGGAUCGCUCUGCUCAGCGAGCUGGCUGACCUGGCAAUCCAGCGGCAGAGGAGUGAGAGGGUUGUGCCAGAGGAGGAAGAGGACGUGCUAGCCUUCAACCUGCAGCACCUGGCCACGCUGGCCACAGCCUGGUCCCUGGUGGAGGCCGCUGGCCUGGACAGCUCCACUGCCCCAGCGCAGCCGCCCACGGCCAACCCCUGCAGCGGCCCCAGGCUCACCCCCCGCAUGCAGAUCCUGCAGCGCAAGGACACCUGGACCCCCAAGACCAAGCCUGUGUGCCCCCUGAAGGCCGCCAUCGACCGGCUGGACACGCAGGAGGUGGGGAUGCGCGUGCAGCUGGCGGAGCUGCAGCGGCGGUACAAGGAGAAGCAGCGGGAGCUGGCCCGCCUGCAGCGCAGGCACGACCAUGAGAGAGACGAGAGCUCACGGAGCCCUGCACGGCGGGGGCCUGGCCGGCCGAGGAAGCGCAAACACUCAAGCUCGCUGCCUGCCCCACGUCCCACGGGGCCGCUCCCCAGGAGCGAUGGCAAGAAAGUCAAGGCGGUGCGGACAAGCCUGGGUCUGCUGUGCGCGGAGCUGCGAGGAGGCAGUGGGGGCGAGCCUGCGAAGAAGCGAAGCAAGCUGGAGAGGAGCGUCUAUGCGGGCCUGCAGACCGCCUCCGUGGAGAAGGUGCAGUGUAAGAAGAGCAGCUGUCAGGGCGGGCUGGCGCCCUCCGUGGCCCACAGGGUGGCCCAGCUGAAACCCAAGGUCAAGAGCAAAGGGCUGCCCACAGGCCUCAGCUCUUUCCAGCAGAAGGAGGCUACCCCCGGGGGGCGCAUCCGGGAGAAGCUGUCCCGAGCCAAGAGUGCCAAGGUGUCUGGGGCCACACGGCACCCACAGCCCAAGGGCCACGGCAGCCGGGAGACACCCAGGUGCCCAGCCCAGCCCUCCGUGGCUGCGUCCCAGGAGGCAGGCAAUGGCUAUGACAGUGAGGACUGCGAGGGUCUCCUGGGGACAGAGGCACCACCCAGGGAAGCAGGGCUGCUGCUGCACGCCGGGGCCAGUGUGGCCGUGCUGGGGCCCUCACCCUCCUCUGUGGUCAAGAUGGAGGCCAACCAGAAGGCCAAGAAGAAGAAGGAGAGGCAGGGGUUGCUAGGGGCGUGCCGCCUGUCUAGCCCUGAGAGUGAGGUCAAGAUCAAGAGGCGGUCGGUGAAGGCCAAGGUGGGCACCACCCUGGAGCGGGCCCCAGGGCAAAGGCCCCCAGGUGCGCUGGGCAAGAAGAAAGCCAAGGGCAAGGCCAAGGGCAGCCUGCGGGCAGAGCCGGGGGCCACCCCCAGCAGGGACGCCCUCUUCAGCCCCUCUCGGGCCUUCGCCUGCCGUGAGGAGGGCAGCCAGCUGGCCAGUGAGCGCCUCAAGAGGGCCACGCGCAAGGGCACGGUGCUGCAGCCAGUGCUGCGGCGGAAGAACGGGGCCCUGUCCAUCACAUUGGCCACACGCAACGCCAAGGCCAUCCUGGGGAAGGGCCGGAAGCUGAGCAAGGUGAAGCACAAGGCCGGCAAGCAGGGCAAGGGCCGGGCCGUGAGCCGCCUGCUGGAAAGCUUCGCCGUGGAGGAAGACUUUGAGUUCGACAACAACAGCAGCUUCUCGGAAGAGGAGGAGGACGAGGAGGAAGAGGAGGAGGACAGCGGCCCCCUGAGCGCAGAGCAGAGCGCCGCCCUGGCGCGCUCGUGUGCCAUCCACAAGGAGGACCUGCGGGACGGGCUGCCCGUGCUCAUCCCCAAGGAGGAUAGCCUGCUGUACGCGGGCAGCGUCAGGACCCUGCAGCCACCCGACAUCUAUAGCAUCGUCAUCGAGGGCGAGAGGGGCAACCGGCAGAGGAUCUACUCACUGGAGCAGCUGCUGCAGGAAGCGGUUCUCGAUGUGCGGCCACAGUCCAGCCGGUACCUCCCGCCCGGCACGCGGGUCUGCGCCUACUGGAGUCAGAAGUCUCGAUGUCUGUACCCGGGCAACGUGGUCCGGGGGGCCUCCGGUGACGCAGAUGAGGACCUGGACUCAGUAGUGGUGGAAUUUGACGAUGGGGAUACCGGCCACAUCGCCGUCUCCAACGUCAGGCUGCUGCCCCCUGACUUCAAGAUCCAGUGCACAGAGCCCUCUCCAGCCCUGCUAGUGUCUAGCAGCUACCGGAGGACCAAGAAGCCAUCCAGUGAGGCACCCCCGCCUAGUGAAGCCGCCACCCCCAGCCUGUCCCCCAAAGCACAGGACGGCCCCGAAGCUUUGAAGACACCUGGGAAAAAAUCCAUUAGCAAAGACAAAGCUGGUAAAGCCGAACUCCUAACCUCAGGUGCCAAAUCCCCCACGGGGGCCUCCGACCACUUCCUGGGCCGCCGUGGCAGCCCCUUGCUGAGCUGGUCCGCGGUGGCGCAGACCAAGCGGAAGGCGGUGGCAGCGGCCAGCAAGGGGCCGGGGGUGCUGCAGAACCUCUUCCAGCUCAACGGCAGCAGCAAGAAGCUGCGGGCCCGCGAGGCCCUGUUCCCCGUGCACAGCGUGGCCACGCCCAUAUUUGGCAACGGCUUCCGCGCCGACUCCUUCAGCAGCCUGGCCAGCUCCUACGCGCCCUUCGUCGGGGGGACCGGGCCGGGCCUCCCCGGGGGAGCCCACAAGCUGCUGCGGGCCAAGAAGGCCGAGAGGGUGGAGGCCGAGAAGGGUGGGCGGCGGCGGGCGGGCGGUGAGUUCCUGGUCAAGCUGGACCACGAGGGUGUGACCUCCCCCAAGAACAAGACCUGCAAGGCGUUGCUCAUGGGGGACAAGGACUUCAGCCCCAAGCUCGGGCGGCCCCUGCCCAGCCCCAGCUAUGUGCACCCGGCCCUUGUGGGCAAGGACAAGAAGGGGCGGGCACCCAUCCCCCCGCUGCCCAUGGGGCUGGCGCUGCGCAAGUACGCGGGCCAGGCAGAGUUCCCGCUGCCCUACGACAGCGACUGCCACAGCUCCUUCUCGGACGAGGACGAGGACGGGCCGGGGCUGGCGGCCGGCGUGCCCUCCCGCUUCCUCGCCCGCCUGUCCGUGUCCUCCUCCUCCUCCGGCUCGUCCACCUCCUCCUCCUCAGGCUCCGUGUCCACCUCCAGCCUCUGCUCCUCCGACAACGAGGACUCGUCCUACAGCUCAGACGACGAGGACCCGGCUCUGCUGCUGCAGACCUGCCUCACCCACCCCGUGCCCACCCUCCUGGCCCAGCCCGAGGCCCUGCGCUCCAAGGGCAGUGGCCCUCACGCGCAUGCCCAGCGCUGCUUCCUGUCCAGGGCCACGGUGGCUGGCACCGGUGCGGGCUCAGGCCCCAGCAGCAGCAGCAGCAAAUCCAAGCUCAAGCGCAAAGAGGCCCUGAGCUUCUCCAAAGCCAAAGAGCUCUCCCGGAGGCAGCGGCCGCCCUCCGUGGAAAACCGGCCAAAGAUCUCAGCCUUCCUGCCCGCCCGGCAGCUCUGGAAGUGGUCGGGGAAUCCCACCCAGCGGCGUGGCAUGAAGGGGAAGGCCCGGAAGCUGUUCUACAAGGCCAUCGUGCGGGGCGAGGAGACCCUGCGUGUCGGGGACUGUGCCGUCUUCCUGUCAGCUGGGCGGCCCAACCUCCCCUACAUCGGCCGCAUCGAGAGCAUGUGGGAGUCGUGGGGCAGCAACAUGGUGGUCAAGGUCAAGUGGUUCUACCACCCCGAGGAGACCAAGCUGGGCAAGAGGCAGUGCGACGGCAAGAAUGCGCUGUACCAGUCCUGCCACGAGGAUGAGAACGACGUGCAGACCAUCUCCCACAAGUGCCAGGUUGUGGCGCGCGAGCAGUACGAGCAGAUGGCCCGGAGCCGCAAGUGCCAGGACCGGCAGGACCUCUACUACCUGGCGGGCACCUACGACCCCACCACCGGGCGCCUGGUGACAGCCGAUGGCGUGCCCAUCCUAUGCUGAGCCGCCCACCGCAGAUGCCUCCCACCUGCGCCAGGGACCCUGUGUGUGGAGCCUGGCGUCGGCCAAGCCACCGGGCAGGAGGCAGCCCCGGCCUCCCAAGGGCGAGUCUGAGCAAAUAUGCAAAAGCCCACAGGGCAAGACCCAGGCAUUCUUACGGUUUUCCCUGGAAAGAGCGCUCCAGGUGUCGGAAUCCAGUCCCGUCCCAUCCUCUGGGAGGGUCGGGCUGCGGCCCUCAUGGGUCCCCGGCCUGCCCCACCCACAGCGCCCUCCGUUUCCCGCACCGGCAGUUCACGGGAGAUUUGAAUCCAAGCCAUAUUCCCUAGUACCUCCGACUGUCUCCCACCAGGGAAAGCAGAAAUCAGGUGUGUUGUCUAUUUAUUUCUCUAUGUAAAUAUUGUAUUUCUGCGGGGAAGUUUUAUGGAAAAAAGUAGAAAAGGGUUUUUCCCCAUCCGCGUGACAAGGUGUGUGUGAGCGUGUAUGUGUGUGCGCGUGUGUGGCGAUUUUUGUCCUGGGGUUUCCUUUGGAAAUGCACUGUUCUCCUCAGCCCAGCUGGGUUCCAACGGGGGCACCUGGGACGACAGAGGCAGCUCGGGGCAGGGGGCAGAGGCCACGGGAGGGUCAGGUGGGACCCUUGGCGGCACCCUCUGAUCUCUUGGGGGGGACGACCGUGUAAGAUGAAAGUCGGUCACGUUUAUUUGCUUUCAGUGCAUCUCCUAGAAAAGGUGUUGGAGCAGGGGGUGGUGAUGAGGGGCCCGUGGGGAAAGGAUUCAAGAGGCAAAGCCCAGACCAGGGAGUGACAACAGCCGUGAGCAUCUCAGCUGUGUUCAAAACAAGACAAAGAUGAACAAAUGUUUUAAAGUAUUGAUAAGAAAAAGCAAUGUUUGGAUUGUAUCUCCUGAAUCAUAUUCCAACUUAUAUCUGAUUUCUGUUUCCGGGGCCAGUUGGUCUGAGGCCAAGGAGUCUGGCCUCCACCCAGAGCAGGGAGGGGCUGGCCCCUCGCCCCCCUCACCCUCGCCGCCCUGGCACACUCGGGAAGCAGGGCCCAGCUCUGAGCCCCUCCUCACCCCUGGGGUCCUAACUUUCCUGAAAGUAGUAGGUGCCGUGAGAAGGGGCAGUAUGGCCAGGUUUCUGAACUGAGCAGGGCUCGGGGCCUAUGAGGGCAGGUUCACAGUCCCGCCAGAUUCUCUCCUCACCCCCGAGCAGAGUGCAUGCAAAAGACACCCCUUUUCCCACCCACCUUAUUGGUGCCCCCAAACCCCUGGCCUGCUGGGUAGAUGGUGGUGAGGCCAGGCCAGCAGUGCUGUGGCCAGGGGAGAAGAAAAUAAAAUGCAGGCCCUGCCCCACGGCCCACCCCAAGCAGGGGAAGGCCCCUUCCUGGGCCCCCUUUUCCACCAGCCAAAUCUGCCUGGCCCUCGGACCCCUCUGCCUGCCCCAACCCCUUUGGAGGUUUCUCGGCCUUUUCUGUGCCACUGGGUGGGGCAGAUGGCCUGAUGGGCUAGUGCUUGGGGCAUAGAAUGAGGGUCCCCCUGACCACCUGAGCCCAAAUCCUGGCCCCAGGUGCAAUUAGCACCCCUCGAGGGCUCUGCCCCAGUAUCCCCGGAGAAUUCACACCCCUCCCCUUCUCCCACAGCCAAGGACAGACAGGGCUGCCUGGACCUGAGCCCAACAGCCUUCAGCCUCAGAAACGCAUGGGGGGCCACACACUCCUUAUGUCCUCCCACACUAAGGUUCCCCUGGCCCCACGGGAGCUUCAGGAAAGCCCCCCAAGUUAGCCACUGCUCUAGGACGAGCUCUGUGUCCCUCACACCACAGGCCUCGAAGCAGGGUGCUGGCGGGUGCCCUGCACCCCAAUCCCAGGUCCCCUUGGCCCCCUAUUUUUCUCGGGCCCAUUGGGGCCUGUUUCUCACCUGCUGGCUGGACCCCCUGAAGGGCCGUUCCCAGAGGCUCCCCAGGAAGCUCAAGGCUGGGGGCUUAUGUUGUGGUCGGGGGUCCCCGCCUCCAGCCCCCCGCUCCCACCCCCGAGCCUACCCUUUGUCUCGCAUGAGUGCAAUAUUUCAUUCCCGGUGGUUGUCUGGGGAGGUGGUUGGACGAGGUCCUGCUUGAGGCUCGGGGAUCAGAACGAUGUCAAGUGAAGAAAAAUGCACGGGGGCAAUGCUGAGCCACUGGAGUUCCAGAGAGGGCGGAGGAGGGUGCAGCCACGGAGGUUGGAUCCUCUGCUCCGCCGCCUCGUCCUCGUCCCGCUUCUGCUGGGUUCCGCUUUGUCCCUGGUUUUUUCCUUUUCUUUCUUUCUGUGUGCGUGUGAAUGGUGUGGCCCCUCCCCUCUCACCGUGGUUAACGUGGCGAAGGCACGAUUCCUGUAAAUGUGUAAACUAAGGGGAUGGUUGGAUUUUUUUUUCAAUGUAAACACUAAAAACAAAAUGGACAUAAAAACACACAAAGGUUUUAUGAGCAGCAGACUCUAUGUAAAGGCAUUUUAGUAUCAAAUUUUUUAUUGAUAACUUGCUUAAGAAUAAAUAUAUGGACUAUUGUACAGGU